AUGAAAACAACACCAGCUGUAACCCAAGAGAAGAUUGAAAUCCAGGGAGAGCUUACCUUGGCACCUCAGCUCAAAGUUGUCAGCGAAGAAAGUACUGGUCGAGGUGAUUAUGCAAUCAAAGCCCUCGAGGAGCUUAUUUGCAUUACAGAAGGGAAGCUACAUCAAGUGGUUAUGGACGGAAUAUCCUGUACAAGUAAAAAUCCUCUUAUUACCGAGUCUGCCUUGAAAGAGAAUUCGGAAGAAGAGAGGGAGUUGCGCAAGAAUGUGAAGCAGAGCUUGAUGCCUUCUUCCAAAAAUAUCGAAUUGCAUUGGAAGUGCAAGGAGCUCAGUAGAGCUGGUAUAAAAACGUCAAAAAAUUCGGACAUUGUUAAUCGUGAUCGAUGUCUGGAUAAUGGAAUCUUCCUUCUCGAGGCUUCCGUAAAUUGGACUGAAUACAAUAAGUGGGUAGAGGCCGGAAGACCAUACGAGGAACACGACGAAAUACUUAUGAAUUUGGAAGUUGAAAUGGAUCUUCUCAAGCAAGAUCAACUGGUUAGAACCAAACGACAUGUUAAAGGAAGACGAGAAUAUGGAAAUGGAAACAGUAAUCACAGAAAUUCGGAAACGCAAAUCGAAAAACCAGGAAGACAAGCAUUGAUCCUCCUUUCGCAACAAGAACCGAAACCAUCGCAUAAAAAAGGUGAAUAUCGUAAUCAAGCUUAUGGAUCCAACAACGUUCCUGCUGAAAUCAACAGAAAACACGAAUCGUAUGAUCCAAGAUCUACAGAAAGUCAAGAUUCUUGA